AUGGCCGUCGACGACUUUCUGAGUCGAGACACGGAAACCUUCGUGUUGCCCUCCAAGUCUUUCUUCCCCCUCAAAAUACCCAUUGCCCAUUACCAAUUGCGCCAUUUUAUCAGCGCCCCCGAUCAAGACCUCCUCUACUACGCCAGCGGUUCAGACGUCUACUGCCUCAAUACCGCCACCAAGACACAGGCCCAUGUCACCACUCUUCCCUGGGAGGCCCGCUGCACCGCAUCAGGCUAUGGCUAUGUGUGUGUCGGAGGCGCCGAAGAGGGCAACUUUGCGGCCAUCGAAGUUGCCGGCUUUCCACCUGCCGACCCCGCCGAUGUGGAUGCCUUGCUGCCCUUGGAUCUCGCAAGUCGCGUCCCCUUGCCACGCCCCCCGCUCUUGGGCGCCGCGCACCGUGUCCGCCUUGAGAAGAUCGGAGUGGACAUUGUCAAUUCGAUAUCGAUACACAAAUUUCCCGCCGAAGCGGAUGGCCAAGACGAGGUUGUAGCAGUCCUUACCAACAACGACAAGACUGUGCGCAUCUACUCUCUAACAUUGGAUCUAGAGGUCAGCGUCUUGGAUCUCCCUUUCCCCAUGAACCAUGCUACCAUCUCUCCCGAUGGCCAGCUAUUAGUUGCUGUGGGUGAUAAGCCAGUCGGAUUCUUCUUUAAGCAAGCCAAGCCGCAGAAGCCGCGGACGAUGAAAUCUCCUGAGGGGAGGGUGCAAGUGUUGCCUCCUGAGUGGGCUCUUUAUGAAGAGGUACGCCUCUAUGUCCCUCCCGAUUCGUCCAUUGAAGGUUCGUCCAUUGAAGGCUACUUCACAACAGCUUGGUCGCCCUCGGGGCGUCUAUGUGCCGUUGGAUCCGAGUGCGGUUACAUCACCGUAUUCGAUAUAGACGUUUUAAAAUCAUGCGAGUAUGGAGAAGACGCAAUUGUGCAUCUGAUCAGCUCCUCCAGACCUGGCAUUACCAUCGGUCCGGGAGCAGUAAGAACCAUGCAGUUCUCUCCCGCUCCUUGGGAUUUCCUCAUUUGGAGCGAGGACCAAGCAAGAGUGUGUGUUGCUGACCUUCGAUCUGGAUUAAAAAUCAGGCAAAUCCUCACGUUGGAUCCCAAAGAAGAUGGCCUUGAGAAAGUAGAAAUUGCAGACUUUGACCUGGAACUAAGCCCCGAACUCCGCGAUCUACGGCGAGAAGCAGAUUUCAUUAGAAGAUACCGCCGAGCUCUCGAUUCAGAAGGUACUGCGGCUGCGGUGAACUUUGCGAACGAUUACAUUGAAGCGUCCUCGGAGCGUCGAAGACUCCAUCGACGACUCGGUGUCGUUGAAUCAGACAACGAUCCGCACGGCUUGACAGCACACGAACGACAGAUUCUCGACGCCCUCCGGACGACAUCACACGAACGUCAGAUUCUAGAAGCCCUGCGGGCGACAAGGCAGCGGGAAGAGGCCCGUGAGCAGGGAAUCGCGCCCCGGAGUAUCAAUUACAAUACUCCAGGGUCGGAGGACACAAGGCGGUACGGAAUUGCUUCUCAAUACUUUUUCCCGAUCAUGCCUAGUGACAAUCGUCAUAGGGAUGCCCUCGAAGCCAGAGCAGUAGUCCGAGCAGCUAGAGAACUCGAAUCCAGACGCAACAUCAUGGCCGAUAUGCUGUCAGAGUCACAUUCAAAUGAGCUACAAGCACGCUCCAUACCCCGUCGCCAGCCCUCUGUGGUGCUCUUGACCACGACCGAGGCACCAACUAGCAACCCUGAAGUUACGGCAAAUAUCACAGAUGCAGUGACGACAAGAUCUCCCAAUCCUAUCCCAGCUCAUGCCCGUCGAGUAGAUGCCCAGAUCAUCUCUUCGACUGACGAGGCAUGGCGUACGAUUGAGGAAGCAUUGGCCCGCAAUGUCAGGGCUGCAGACAAUGUCCGCCCGACAGGCGCCCCCGAACUUCGCACGGAGCUUCGCCGUCUUCGGCAGCUGACGCAAAUGCGCGAGCGCCUGAGAAAUGCUCGAGAGUCGCAACCCCACGACCCCUACAGCCUCCCAAGCGAACGAUCAAGCUACCACCGACGCCGCUCACAUGACCCCACAGACGGCGUUCGCACGGCAGGGCUCGCAAUGAGCCAGGACGGACGCACGCUGUACUGCGGAACCGAAGAGGGGAUCUUCGAGUUCCAUAUCAAUUUGCACGAGCGGAAGGGGAUUCCAGCUAUCAAACCCCGGUAA